GGCGUUUCUCAUUCUUUUCCGCGAACAGGUCAUGCUGGUAGAAAUAGCUUUACGGACUCGCUAAAUGCUAGUAGAAGUAGAACGACUCCAGGCUCAUAUGACUAUGGUAGAAAUUGUGUAGGUGUAUUCGAUAAGAAAUUCACAUGGACGCACGAAGGCGUAACAGCGCGAGGAUUCAAUUCGUGCAUAGAAAACUCGUGGCAUUCGUGCCCGUGGUCUCCGCAUCGCGAUUGCCGCCCGACGGUCCUUGAUUCACUAACUGCUAGCUGCUCGAUUUGCAGUUGGGGUGUUCGUGAAGGUCAGAAGAGAAAGGAUAUCAAGUGUGGAGGGGUACGCGGAAGAAGAUUUGUCGCAACCGCUGCGCGAGUUGGAACGAAGAAGUACUCAUCGCUGAAAACUCCGGCUUCUAGGUUAAAAUUGCACGCGGCAUUUUCCGCCACACGAAGUUACAAGAUGCCGCCGAAAUCAAGAGACGAGAAGACCAUCGAGGAACGAUAUCAGAAGAAGACCCAACUGGAGCACAUCCUGCUGCGGCCUGAUUCUUACGUCGGUUCCACGGAGAUGGCGGAGGGAGUCAUCCAUGUGAUGAAUAAACAGAAAAAAGUACUACUACUCCUUCACUCUUUUCUUGAGAAUUAGGGUUUUUUUUUAUGCAUAAUAGAUACGAAAUAAGAAAAACGAACACGAAAUCCAAAUCCUUUUGCUGAUGUUGGAUACAUGAUUAUCCUUGAAUACUAUGCUGUGGAUGAAGUUGCGCUUAAUGAAUGCUAGACUUGGGCGCCCGGUAGCACUCCUCCCACUAGGAUCAUCCACCCCCGGCACGCACUUCCUCAACCCCGGCGCGAUUCCGCUUCCCCGGCUCCUCCCCCGCCCGCCAACUGUCUGGCGGCGUUGAUCGUUGGAACAAGAGCUGGGCGGGGGACGGCGUGCGGCCAUUGAUUAAGAACGCACAGACCGAAGUCGCUGGGUUAUCGGCGUGCUCUCCUUUUGGUAGGUUUGGCGUUCUUUUGCGUGCAAGUUGCAGCGCUCGAGUUUGCAACUUGUCGAGGUUCCUCUUCUUGUGAUACAGUCAAAAACUUUGGAUGGGAAUGCUUCGAGCUUCGUUGUUAUUCGAUAUAGUCAAAAUUUUUGGGCUUCCAGUCUCAGGCCUGGAGCUUUGAGACACUGAGGCGCGGCCUUUAAUCUUAAGCAUUCAGCUUUGGGCUUUUGGCCUGGGGCUUUCAGCUUCGCGCUUUCAGUUUUGAGCUUCGACCCUUGAAUGAGCUUCAGCCUUGAGCCUUCAGCGAGCUUUGAGUUUUCAACUUUGAGCUGUCCGCUUUGGGUUUUCAGCUUUGGGCUUCCAGUUCCAGCUUCGACUUUUCAACUUUGAGCUUUCAACUUCGAGCUUUCAGCCUUGGGCCUUCGACUUUGAGUCUUCAGCUUUGAGCAGUCAGGCGUGAGCUUUCGGCCUGAGCUGACGCUUUAAGGCUCAGAGCUAACCAAAUCCGAGGCUUAUUUUCAGUUUUUUUAGUUCAAAAGGCUUCGUCUUUAUCGCGUAAGCUUUAAACUUAGUGCCCAUCUGCGCGAAGUCAGGGCCAGCCAAUUCUUGGGCUUUUUUUCAAUUUAUUUUGGUGUUCAAAUUAUAUAGGUUUUGGCUUUAUCGCGUAGGGCUUUAGUUUACUUUCGCGCCCAGGCCCAUCUGCGCGAGGUUGGUCAGGUCUAACCAAGUCCCAAGCCUCGCAAGCUCAUAAGCCUGCAAGGCCAUAAGUUCAUAAGUGGCGCUGGUGGUGAUGAUGAUGGUGAUGCUGAUGAUGAUGCAAACCCACCGAUCGGAUGGGGCGGGAUGCGUGAGUUCGUAACUUCAGAAUGAAGCUCGUGGUGGCUCAUAAGCUCAGAACUUCGGAAAGCUUGGAAGGGUCGGAAAGUUUGGGAAGUUUGGAAAGCUUCGAAAGUUUGGAAGUUUUGGGAAUUUCGGAAAGCUUGGAGAGUUUGGAAAAUUCGGAAAGUUCGGAAGGCUCGGAAAGGCAGGAAAGUUUGGGAAGUUUCGAAAGCUGGGAAAGUUGGGAAAUUUUUGAAAGCUUGGAGAGUUUGGGAGGUUUGGAAAGUUUGGAAAGUUUGGAAAGUUUGGAAAGCUUGGAAAGCUUGGAAAGCUUGGAAAGUUUGGAAAGCUUGGAAAGCUUGGAAAGCUUGGAGAGUUUGGAGAGGCUGGAAAGGUUGGAAACCUUGGAAACCUUGGAAGGCUUGGGAAGUUUGGAAAGUUGAAGGUUUGGAAGGCUCGGAAGUUCUGAAGCAAACCUGGGAAAGUUUGGAAAGCUCGGAAGUUUUGAAGUUCGGAAGUGCGGAACUGAAGUUCAUGAGUCAGAAGUGGAAGAGUUUGGGGCUCGGAAGUGGGGGAGUGAGAGUUUGGCGGGGCCGUUGUUGUUUUUUAAUUUAGCUCUUUAAUCUUAGACCAACAGCAUGAUCAUGACCUUUUAAUGCUCUUCCUCAUCUUUGUUCUUCUCCACAGAUUUUCGAGCAGCGAAAGUUGAAUUACGCGCCAGCGUUGUACAAGAUCUUCGAUGAGAUUCUCGUGAAUGCAGCAGACAACUUUCAGCGGGAUAAGAACAUGGCUGAAAUUCGUGUUUGGCUCGACCCGGCAGCCGGGAUGAUUCGUAUUAAAAAUGAUGGCGCGACCUUGCCAGUCGAAAUGCACAAGACGCAGAGAGUUUAUGUCCCAGAACUCGUCUUUGGGCAUUUGUUAACCUCCGACAACUACGAUGACACGGAGAAAAAAGUGGUCGGCGGCCGCAACGGUUACGGUGCAAAACUCGCGAACAUUUUUAGCACGAAAUUCACGAUCGAAUGCAGCGACUACAAAACAAAGAAGCUGUACAGACAGGAAUUUCAGAACAACAUGCAAGUGAUCGGCAAGCCGGAAAUCACGAAAAUCGAAGCGGCUACGCACCCAACGAAGAAGUCCCACACCAUAGUGACCUUUUGGCCGGACUGGGCUAAGUUUCAUAUGACGAAGAUGGACCGCGAUAUCGUUCAGUUGUUCGAGCGUCGUGUGUACGACAUCGCGGGCACGAGUGACGCAAAGGUGAAGGUCUUUCUGAACGACGAAGAAAUUCCGGUUAAAUCGUUCAAGGACUACGUAGACCUGUACCUUUCCGACGCGCCAUCGUACAAACAGAGCUCCUCGUCAGGGGCGAGCGACAACGGAAGCGCCGAAGAAGCCGGCCCGGUGAAGAUUUACGAAAAAUGUGGUGAGCGGUGGGAGAUUGCGAUGAGCAUUUCCGAAACCGGGCAGUUCCAGCAGGUGAGCUUCGUGAACGCCAUCAACACUUUGAAGGGCGGCACGCAUGUGGCUCAUGUCGCAGACCAGAUCGUGAGUACGAUUCACAAGAAAGUUUCUUCGAAGGCAGGCAUGGAGAUUAAGCCCGCGCACAUCAAGAACCACAUGAUGAUCUUCGUCAACUGCCUCGUUGAAAACCCGGCAUUCGACUCUCAAACAAAGGAGACGCUGAAGACGAACCAAAGCAAAUUUGGCACAGUUUGCAAGAUUUCGAAAAAGUUUGACGACCAGGUGCUCAAAUCCGGCAUCUGCGAUCUGAUCACACAGUGGGCGAGAGCUAAAGAAAGUACUGAUUUUUCGACUUCUCUCACCUAAUGAACACCAUUGCACUGAUUGUUCGCCGUUGUUCUUGUUUUACAGUAAAAACAGAUCAUUGUCACUAGUACGCAUUUUAUUCAUUCCUGUUUCAUCUCUCCCUUCGUCCAGAAAUCGACCUGGGACGUCAAGUAAAGGCGAAAAACGUGAAGCGGUUGGUUGGUAUUCCGAAGCUAGAGGACGCCAACGACGCUGGCGGCAAAGACAGUGAGGACUGCACUUUGAUUCUGACGGAGGGAGACUCCGCCAAAGCGUUAGCUGUGGCGGGUCUUUCUGUAGUAGGUCGGGACAAAUUUGGCGUGUUCCCGUUGAAGGGUAAGCCGUUGAACGUGCGCGAAGCCACGCAUCAGGCUGUAAUGAAAAACGAGGAAAUCCAAAACAUCAUGAAGAUUAUGGGCAUGGAUAUCCGAGAUCACGACCGCAGCGACACCAAAGGACUCCGAUACGGAUCCGUCAUGAUUAUGGCAGAUCAAGACUUCGACGGCAGCCACAUCAAGGGUUUGUUGUUGAACAUGCUCGAGCAUUGGUUUCCAAAACUUCUCCGACUGCCCGGCUUCUUGCGUGAAUUCAUUACUCCGAUCGUCAAAGUGUCGAAGGGCGAUGUGAAAAAGAGUUUUUUCACAGUGGGCGAGUACGAGGCGUGGAAAGCGCUCAACAACAAUGGCAAAGGGUGGCAGAUGAAGUACUAUAAGGGUUUGGGAACCUCGACGUCGAAAGAAGCAAAAGAAUACUUCAGAAACAUCGAGGAUCACGGUAUGACAUUCGACUGGACAGAAGCAACGGCGGAGGCCUUGGAUUUGGCGUUUAACAAGAAGCGAGCUGAUGACCGCAAGGAAUGGAUGAACCAACACACGGAGGGAGAGUACGUGGACCACACACAGCCCAGCGUGACGUAUCAAGACUUCAUCAACAAAGAGUACGUGCUCUUCGCGAAGUACGAUAUUCACCGCAUGAUUCCUAACCUGAUGGAUGGUCUCAAACCGUCGCAACGCAAGGUGCUCUUCUCCUGCUUCAAGCGUAAGCUGACGAAAGACGUGAAAGUGGCACAGCUCAGCGGAUACGUGAGUGAGCACGCAGCCUACCAUCACGGAGAGGUCUCACUGCAGACCACAAUCGUCAACAUGGCGCAGGACUUUGUCGGCAGCAAUAACGUCAACCUUCUGGUACCAAGCGGUCAGUUCGGUACAAGAAUACAGGGAGGUAAGGAUGCAGCCAGUGCAAGGUACUAGCGUAUAAGAAUUGCCAUUAUAAAGAUAAAGUUCAGUCUCAGGCUUUUGUGCUGUCUAAAAAAAUCCGUGAUUGCUAGGGUUAUUUUUCACGGAACUCAUUUUUCAUCAUCAUCGACUUUCAAUUUCAUCCCAGGUAUAUUUUCACGCGUUUGCACGAAGUUGCGCGCAAAAUCUUUCAUCCCGAUGACGAUGCUCUACUUGUGUACCAAGACGAGGAAGGACAGAGAAUUGAGCCAAAGCACUACUACCCCAUUAUUCCUAUGGUUCUUUGCAAUGGCGCUGAAGGUAUCGGAACGGGCUGGUCCACCUUCAUUCCAAACUACAACCCACGUGACUUGAUCAACGCCAUGCGCGCUUUCAUCCAAAGUAAGUCGUUUCCGGCGUUUAUCCCCUGGUACCGAGGCUUCAAGGGUGACAUCCAACUGUCGGAGGAUAGAAAAGCCUACACGGUGUACGGCAAGGUGGAAGCAACGAGCGACACGACAGUGACAAUCAAAGAGUUGCCGAUCAAAAAGUGGACGCAGGACUACAAGGAAUGGUUGCAAAAACUUCUUCCGGCUGCCCAGGACGACCCAUCCAAAGCGUCGAUCCAGGAUUUUCGCGAGUACCACACCGAAUCGAAUGUGCAUUUCGUGGUGACGCUCUCACCAGAGCAGAUGGACCGCGCACUGGAAAAAGGACUGCAGAGCUAUUUCAAGUUGAGCGGCUCGCUUUCCUGCCAGAAUUUGGUGCUAUGGUCGCCACAGGGGAACAUCAAGCGCUAUGAAGAAGCAGCUGACAUCGUCCAGGCCUUCUGUCCGGUUCGGCUCGAGUAUUACAAGAAACGGAAGAAGAAUCUCUUAGUGAAGUUGCGCCGGGAAUGCGAAAUUCUCAAUCAGAAAGUGCGCUUCAUCCAAGAAGUGAUCGAGCAAAAGCUAGUGGUAGCGAAAAAGAAGAAGGACGUUCUUCUCGCAGAGCUCAAGAAGGAGGGCUAUCUUACGAAGAGCGACAUUAAUGCGAAGUACGUGGACGAGUUCACGAAAACCGGAGCAGCAGCAGGCCAAAUGGAAGAAGGAGAAAAUGAUGGUGGUGCGGCAGCUGCAGCAGGUGGCGGCGGAAGCGGCGGCAAUCAAGGCUACGAGUACCUUUUGAGCAUGCCACUCUGGAGCCUCACUUACGAGCGAGCGGCAGAGCUUCGUACUGCUAGAAAAUCACAUCAGCAAGUUUUUCUAAUUACCCGUAGUAUCCGCAGCAUUAUCAUUAUGAUAGAUCAUAAGUUUUCGCUAUCUGUUGUACUUUGUACGUGAGAACACGGUUACAAGAACCUCCUAAUUUCUGAUAAUAUGAUGCUUUUCAUUCAAUCUUUUGAAAUUUAAUGCGUCUUCUGUGCCUCUUUCACUCCUUACAGGCUCACAGUUCGAAACGAAGCAGAAGGAGGUCCGCGCUCUGGAGCAGACUUCGCCUGAGGACAUCUGGGAUGGCGAUCUCAAAGAGCUGCUGCGGGUUCUGAACGAAAUAGAGGCGCAGGACCGUAUUCAGCGACAGGAGGAGGACAAGCUCGCGAAGAACAAGAAGUCGCGUGCUGUCAGCCGUGCCGAUGUGACGAAGCGCAAGGCAAUCGGCGCGAAAAGACGGAAAGCCGAAAUCGCAAAGGAAAAUGUCCCGGAAAGCGAGAGCGAAGACUCACCAAAAGCGGGUAAGAAGAAGAAGCUGGAUGAUGCGCAAAUUGCAGCUUUGGUCAAAACACCGACGAAGGAGGAGACGCAAAAAGACUUUCUCGCAAGGUUGCAGGCAAAGCAUAAGGCCAGGUCCCAGUUGCUCGCGAGCAGGAGUACAGCUGCGACGCCCGCUUUCGGAUCGACCAGCCAGAGCGUGUUUCCGCCAUCUGGAGGAGGUAGUGCAGGUGGCUCGUUUGCAGGAAAUUUCCAACGGGGGCAAUCAGGCACCGGCGGGCAGCCAGGGAUGGCUACCGGCAAUGGAUAUGCGCCACGGCCAGGGUCUGGACACCCAUCAGCGAACGACACUGCCGCAAACGGCCCAGCGCCAAUGGUAAUUGACUAGGGUGAUAAGCAGUGACAUGGAAGUCCUUCCCCGCAAAAAUACAGUUCUUGGACACUGUUCAACUUAAGUACCUACAAUUCAUGCUUAGUAUGCUGUCGCGAGACAUAUCAAUCUUGUGUCGGUCCCCAUGCCGGAUAAAAGACGCAAAAACAAAGACAAACCAUGGCACCUAGUCAUGAUAUCAUCGAAGAUACAUGUCUUUUUUACCUUGCCUACGCCUUCAUAGCACACGCAGGAGUGAACCCAACCAGCGCCAGACCUUUUCACCUGCAUUUUUUAAUUC